AUGGAUACGGGAGGGGUAGGAAUGAUAGUGCGCUCCUCUGACAUCAUAGAGGCUCUUAUAUACCGGUCGGAAUGGAGCCUGCCAUUCCUCACUUCACUUCUGAGAAAGCCAAGAGAAGACACAGUAAACAGUUUGGAUAAGAAACCAAGACAGCAUCGUGACUUCUGUGAUUUUCUCUCUGUCUCUGUAACUCUCUUACAACGUAUCUCUUGUAUUCUUCCAUCCGUUUUCACACCAUUUUACGACCUUUAAUCCUGUGGACUUGGGCCCAGCUUGAAUGUGCAGACACUGUGGGACUACUAAGAAAAUGCAGAUGCAGCUGAUCUCCGUUAUGCUCCUUUUUUUAUUGGGUAAUGUACUUUGUUCAGAUACAGACGAGGGGAAAAGGGCAACAGAGGAAGAGGUACUGAGAAGUCUCCUCACUUCAAAGGUAAAGCAGAUUAAGCACAUCGCCCCCCUGUGGCAGCUGCCACUCCAGGAUGUGUGCAGGAUGUUGAACAGUCUCGGGGAGUCAUGGCAGGAGGCCUGGGGCAGUGAGGAGGAGCAGGAGGACACGGAGGUUCAGGCCGAGUAUGAGCAGAGGGUCUCGGGUACCCUCACCCAAAUGCAUGACCUCCGGAACCUCUGCAGGGUCCUGCAGCCUAGAGAGCUACAAGACGACCAAGAAUAUCUGGAGCUGGACCAAAACAGAGACAGUCCACUGAAGAGGAAAUCUCCGUAUAUACUUAAAAGGCAACUGCGCACCAAUAAAUCAAGACGGCCGUACAUUCUGAAGAGAAGUGUGUAUUACUGAUGCUCAAGAUCCACCAAUGGAAAGACAUUUUACUUUUUUUUAAUAGGUGUAUGUUUUCUCUGUCUUAGUAUUACAGUAGCAAUGUAAUAAUUGUAUGUUCUGUUUUAGCUAAAGUUUUGUUUAUUUAUGUGUUCCAGAAGUCAAUGCCUUAUUCAUCAUUAUGAGAUUGACUAUCAGUCAAUUCAAGAGUUUAUUAUAUUUAUUUAUUUAAUGUAUAAUUAUUUUUCUUCCAAUUUAAUUAAAUCAUACUUAUAAAAACUCUUCAUGAGACAUCUAGUAUCCUUAUUUCACAGAAAGAAGUAUUUUUUUCACAUCUCCAUAAUGACAAGAACAUUUGUGAACUAUUUUUACUGCCUAUUUAACUCAAACUGAAAUGAGUAGCUUUGGUGCGUAAACAAUUUUUACUCUGAAAUUGCUAGUAAAUUCCAAAAACAUUACAAAAAAAUGGCAUUAAAUUUUCAAGUUAAACUGAAAUAGUUUUCUUGUAAAAACAUUUGGAAAAUAUUCUAACUCUUGUCAUAGAACAAAAUAGUCUAACUGUUGUCAUGAAACAAAUAAUUACUACAUAAACAGAUUUUAACCAAUCACAUGACAGAAGAAAAUAAAUAAAUAAAAAAUGGAUCACAAGAUUCUCACAGGUUACACAGUUUUUUUUUUUUUUUUUUU